AUGGGCUGUAGUGUUAUAGCUGAUGAUGGGAAUCUGGGUGGAACACGUCACAAUCCCGGUGAAAUCGAGUUAAGUCUUCCAGUGCGCCCGUCCAACAAACAGUCAGGUAUGGACGAAUUCCGUUGGCGUCACGGAGCUUGGUGUGGAGAUAAAAUCGGUUGGAUACUGGGUGCUGUCUUACUACUCUAUACAGCUCUGUUAAUUUCGUAUAGUCAGUCCAAGGAGAAAUCUCAAAUCACCUAUUGUCCUCCCGAAAGGGCAUAA